AUGGCUACAAAUUUACAUUCAGGCCAUGGGAGCAAUAGCACUGAAAGCUCGUACGGCGGCAAUAAGGAUUCUCCCGGUAUAGAAAACUACAACUCCAACCUAAAUGACACGCAUAUUGGGGCUGCUAGUAACGAAGUCUUUCGUAAAAGAACGUCCAAGGGAGUGGCGGAAACCGGUGGCGAGGGCAGUGCGGAUGGUAACGGCACGGUCAAGAAAAGAAGGCGUAAGGCAAUCAAAUCGUGCGCAUUUUGUCGCAAGAGAAAACUACGAUGUGACCAACAGAAGCCUAUGUGCUCCACAUGUAAAGCUAGAAAUCAUAAAGAAUGUGUCUACAACACGGGCUUUGAAAAUGAAUUGGAUAACAGCGGCUCCAGCUGUUCCGGUAGUGGCGGUGUCAGCAAGCUGGGUGGCGCAGGAAUUCCUUGCGGAGCCGUCGCUGGUACAGCCAGGACCACGUCAGAUGGUGGGUUCAAUGACGAAGGCGGAAAUGGCAGUGUGUACAGAAAGGAAAAGUCGGAGUCCAUAAUGGAAUCCACCAUCCCAUUAAUGGAAAGACUGAAUCAGUUACAAAAACAGCUCGAAGACAAUGGAGCGAUUGUGAAGGAAAGCGUCUUGUCGGCGAAUAGCGGCACAAACAUUCCUACAAAUUCUACUGAAGAAAGCGCUCCUAUUGAUCACUAUCGUUCCAAAGAUUCUUUUGAGGUUUCUAUCUAUAAUCAAAGUUCUUAUGGUAAUAGGAAAACAGACUAUGUCACUUUGACGCGAUCACAAUUGCAUGAAAAUACAAACGGAAACAUUUUAAAAGAUUAUUUUACAUUGCAAUGUAAAGAGAGUGGUAGAAGAAUUUUAUAUGGUCCAACUUCAACAAGAAUUUUUAUCGCAAAGGGAAAAUGGGCAAUGCUGGAUAAAUUUCGUCAAGUUUGGUUAAAAGUAAAAGCUGCAAGAGCUAAAUGGAAGAAGGAAACUAACUACACAAUGCUAAAAGAAAUGAAAUGUGUUGAGCAACCACUAGAGAAACCCCGUAACUUUGGAAAUAGCGACUGUGGUAGCGAUUGUGGAAUUAAUUCAGAAAUCAAUUUAAAAAGUCUAGUUUGCUCCUGCUUGCCUACUUUUGAAAAAAUUGAUUCACUCAUUGAUUUUUUUUUUUCCAACGAUACACUUUUUGAAGCUUCGGAUGUUCUUGAUAAAUUUAAAGUUAAAAACGAUUUUAAAUCGGCUUUUAUUCCUGGUAAACCAUCACCAAAUCUCAAUCAUGAAAGACCAAUUAUUGCUUUAGUUGCCAAUGAAAAGAAAAAUUACUAUAAAAUAGGCGUUAUUUUAAUGAUUUUGGCAACAACUCAUUAUCAAUCAGAGUUACCAACAGAAAUUGAAAAUUUUUCUGUUCAUUUAUCAGGUCUCAGUACAGCAAAAGCUCUAUACAUUGAAAGAGUGCAAUUUUUAGUCGUUAAAUUCCAUUACCGAUUAAAAUAUGGGUUUACUGGUGGUGAUGGCUCUCAUAAUAUGUUGGUAAUCGAUGACGCAAUAGCAUCUUCUACCGCUAUAGGCUUAAACCGUAAUAUCAAAAUACUUUACAAAGGCCAGGAGUCUGUUGUUGGCAGUCUAGAAACUUUACAAAAAUUGUGGUUGUGGAUUUUAUUUGCUGAUUGCGAUAUUUCUAUUCAAAUUGGCAGACCGUUAAGAAUAAGUGAUGAUGAAAUAGAUGAUUCUGUUUUUCUCAAUAAUGAUUCUUCCAGGACUUUUUAUGACACAUUCAAAAGAUUCAUACUUAUGACUCGUCGUAUGUUAUCCGAUAUUCACAAUAAAGAUAAAAAGCCACCACUGGGUGAUCAUUGCGAAACACUGAUAAAUUUUAUUGAAAAUGAAUUUCCACCGUUGAGUGAAUUCACAGGUAAAAGUUUAACUACUAUUAUUCAUCUACGCAAGGCAAGAUUACUCGCUCAGACUGUUUCCCUCUUAAUAACAUUCUAUUGCCUAAGAUAUUUGGCUUUUAACGAAAUAGGUAUUGGUUUAAAAAAUGGAGUGAUGAAAGCAAGUUUAAUCUCGUUCUCAUUAUAUGUCAAUAUCCUGUUAUACUCAUUCGAAUUGGAUAAGAAAAUUUUCCCCGAACGAUUAGACCUAAAUUAUAAAUUUGUUCCGCCAUAUCUUUGUCAUUCAUUUUCUAUUGUGCAUGGAUUGCCCUUUAGAGCAAUCAUUGUAUUUUAUUCAUUAGCCUAUAAUUCAUUAACACUGUUUGAAAGUGGGCUAAUGUGUUCAAAGAAAAAUCUGCAGACAACAGAGUGUGAUUUGAGUACCUUACGUGUGCAAAAUGAAUCAUAUAUUUCAUUUUUAACUUUUUUCAAACUUUUUCUAGAGACUUUUGAUAGGUUAAUGGGUCCUCACAAUCAACAAUUUGCAAUAAUAGCUAGAAGAAGUCAUGUGUUUGUUAUUGGUGCUGCUUUUGAAAGAGUUUGUAGAAAAGUUAUAGAAAAAGUCAUGGAGUGUAGAACAAAUGCAGAAAAUAAUUGGAUUAACGAGUCAAAAAAUCAGCAACCAAAUUCAGAUUAUGCAUCGUUUGAAUCAUUCAAAAAGACAAAUGAACUACAGCAAAACAUCAAAAAAUUUCAAAGCGAUAUUGACAACAGUUUAAACAUGAAUAUACUGGAUACUGCAGAUUAUAUUACUGCACUCCCUUCGAUGAACAUCAAUAGUGAUAACAACUGUAAUACAGACAAAAGCCCAACGGCGCAAAUUGCUCAGGCCACUGAAACUGCACAAGCCCCUCAGCCUGGUCCAGCACUCUCACUCUCACUAUCACUCUCAGAGCAAGAAGAUAUCGCGCAAACGAUUUCAGAUGAUUUUUGGCAAAGCUAUAACGUAGGUUGGCAAGAAAUUUUGGAUAACGCGGAAUAUGAUAACUUUUUUCAAGAAUUAAUUUUGUAG